AUGGACCUUUUCCUGGGAAAGGUCACCCAGCAUGCGAUGAACUAUGCUAUCCGCUCAGGAAUUGGUCUCACUGCAUCAUUUGCCAUCAGACAGUCAGCGAAACUCAUGAGUAAUGCACCCAAAAGUGCUGCUCGGGAUGAGGUUGAAUUGCUUCAACAACGUCUUCAGCACAAGAUUCAAAUCAUCGCCCCUGCUAUUGACAUGAUCGAAUUGAUUGCUGCUCGUGGCAAUACAUCCUUAGAGUCAGCCGUGGCACUUACAAAAGAACUACGCUUCGAGAUCCAAUCCUUGGCCCGAAGACUCCUUGCUGCGAAUGCCUCUGAGGAGGCAACCAAGAAAUCCAAAUUUAACAGCCAGACCAAGGCGAAGAAUGAACUGGAGCUCAAAUUUAUUGCUUCAGACACCCAAAAGCUGCUCGCUAGAAUCGAAGAUGCUGUCCCGCUGAUCAACCUGGCUAUCACUACUUCUGGAGCCAGCCUAUCUACCUCAUUGCCGCAUACCGUGUCUCCAUCUCGACUCCUGCAGGCUAGCACUUUCCUUACAGCUGGUGAUACGCAAUAUUUCCUUCAUCCUGAACAAGCCGUCCAGAUCGGACCUACCUUCACCCUUACCGUCUACAUGCUCUUUGCAGGGCAUGACCGGCCGCAGAAUGAGGACGAAAUCCGAGAGACCACAUGGAAAGAAGUCAUGCACAAAGCUAGCGUAAAAUUGCGACGAGUCCCUCUUGACGUCGUCUUCCACAACGGCUCGGCGCCUGAGGGAAUACCUCCGGCUCAAUUGAACUCUCCAGGCACGGGCCCAAAUCUGUAUGGAUCCACAAUAAUACCAGCAGACGCACACGGUGAUGAAUAUGCAUACCAGGUGAUGAUCAUCGAAGAUUUGGAUGACGAUCGAUACCAUCAAUUUGAAGAAAACGAAGCACAGCCUGGGCCUUUCGACGACGUCAAGCUUGCCGGUGUACGUGAGAUGAUUCCAAUCCACGAGAUCUCGAAAAUAUUUUAUGCAGACACAAGCAAAGUCCUAAACAUCGGAUCUGAUGCGGAGAACAACCACCCGGUACUUCUUCUCAAAAGAGACCUCAACGCAAUACCUCCAAGAAGGAUGAUGGAAGCAGCUGACACUGGCCACGCUCAAAACUCAGAAGACUUCAUCACCCAGACAUCCACUGACCAGCAAUAUCCCCGUAAUGAUCAUCCGGAGCGCACACAAGACCCUUGGCGUCUCCCAUCAUCUCUUGACCCUGAAUGGAUUGCCCUCGAAGUCUACACAGAAUACGAACCUAGCGACUCCGAUUCUGAGCUCGAAAAUCAGGAAAUGAAUACUUCUGCACGCUCACUCUCGGCAUCUCCAUCCCCAUCUAAUCUCGCGGCAUCGCUGUCAGACAUGCAUCUUAACUCAUCCCCGUCUCCUCAGUAUCAGAGCCAAACCAAAUCAGUCUCCCCAGUGAAAUCCCUUCCGACAUCGCAUCAACCGCCAUGGGCUAACCAGAUCCGCACCUCCCUGUCCCUGCUCGAACUCCUCCUCCGCUUGACCUCGCUCCAGCAAUUUCAGCAGCAAUCGCACCUCAGCAUCACAGACGAAUUGUUGAACUUCUUCCUCGAGGAAGCGGCAUCCACUGGGGCGGGAGGUGACGAAAACUACCGCCAGGCUCUCCGAGCAGAUGCUCGUCGACGCGUUGGGUGGGACCCUUACGACGAGAGCCCCGUAAAACGCCGCGGUGAGGAGUACCUAGAUAGAUACGCCACCGAAGGCUCUGGCUAUCCCGACGGCGUAAGCGAGCAGUACACGCCGAGAAGUACCAGCGCAAGUGCAAGGGGCACUCUGGUUGGAGGAAGCGGGAUGAACGGUGCUAGACGCGACAGCGGACCAGGCGUGCGCGCAGGUGCAGGGGCAGGUACCUGGAGUCCUCGCGAUGCGAGUGCGAGAUCAAUACCCACCAUGUCUGAUUUCCAAGGGUCGCCCAGCCCGAGUCCGAGCCCAGGUCCGCGGCCAUCCCCCUCGCCCAUGCCGGCUGUGCCGCUGAACUCGACGGACGGCAGGACCCGAGCCCGUAAUGGGAGCAGGACGGCCUGGUUGAAGCGGGAAGAUGGUACCACCAAUUUCAAGGGCAGUCCACUCAGGCCAUCGACUGGGAUGACAGAUGAGGGAAUCGGCACCAGCCCUCUGAGCAGUACUGGUGCUGCUGUACCCGAUGGCGGCAAUCCUGGCGAGCGGCAGAGUUGA